UGUAUAUACGGCGUGGUAAAAUAUGUUAACAAGACUUAAUACUGAUUAUCAUAUAAUAUUUACUAUUUCUCUAAACUAACGUGAUCGCCAUAUAUUUGACGUUUGGGAAUUGAAGGAUUUGUUAUCCGUCAUGAAAUUCAAUGUAUUCAAGUCGUCAUCGCGACGUAAGUCGCGCAAGUUACAUUUUACGGCUCCUUCACAUAUUAGACGUCGUAUUAUGUCAGCGCCAUUAUCUAAAGAAUUAAGAAGCAAAUAUAAUGUUAAGUCAAUGCCCGUUCGUAAAGAUGAUGAAGUACAGGUUGUACGGGGUCACUUUAGAGGUCAACAAGUUGGUAAAAUAGUCCAAGUGUACCGUAAAAAAUAUGUUAUAUACAUUGAAAGAAUUCAACGUGAAAAAGCUAAUGGUGCAACUGUUUAUGUUGGAAUCCACCCUUCCAAGUGUGUUAUUGUAAAAUUAAAGUUAGACAAAGAUCGUAAGAAGAUUCUUGAUAGGAGAGGUAAAGGCAGAGCUCAAGCUUUGGCUCUCAAAGGAAAAGGAAAGUAUACUGAAGAAUCAGCUGCAGCUGCCACAGUGGAGGCAUCUUAAUAGUUAUGACUUUUACAAUAAAACAUUUAAAAAAAAUGUAACAAA